UAUCCAAUACCCGUUCUGCUUUUUUCAAUUUCUUUCUCCUCCAACUCUUCUCUGCUCGCCAAUCGUGCUUUUUCACUGUUCUUCCUCUCCUCACCUCACCAUUAUUAAAGCUCUUCACAUCGCUCUCUUCUCUCUCCUCCAAUCUCUAUAUUUGUACAUCUAUAUAUGUAAGUACGAUUAGAUUCUGAUUGAUCAAUUUUCUGUAUCUAUCGCUGAAUCGGACGUCGAAGAUGAUGGAGGAAUCGAGAGCGUGAAAUUAUGCGAACAAUUUGCGACGUUUGUGAGAGCGCCGCUGCGAUCCUGUUUUGUGCUGCGGACGAGGCCGCUCUUUGCCGUUCCUGCGACGAGAAGGUUCAUAUGUGUAACAAGCUUGCUAAUCGGCAUGUACGGGUUGGGCUAGCCGACCCUAGUGAUGUUCCACGAUGUGACAUAUGUGAAAAUGCACCUGCUUUCUUCUACUGUGAGAUCGAUGGUAGUUCCCUUUGCCUGCAAUGUGAUAUGAUUGUACAUGUUGGAGGUAAAAGAACACAUGGAAGAUACCUUCUACUGAGGCAAAGAGUUGAGUUUCCAGGGGAUAAACCUGGCCAUAUUGAUGAGCUAGGUAUGCAACCUGGUGAAAUAAAGAGGGAACAAAAUCAGCCACCUAGGCCUACAAUGGGAGAGAACCAGCAACAUCACAGGGUGUCUUCUGUUCCAGUGCCAGACACGAAUAUUGAUGACAGUGGCAUGAUGGACAAUAAAAUGAUUGAUCUUAAUGCCAAGCCCCAGCGUAUACACGGGCAGGCUUCAAACAACCAGGAACAAGGAAUGGAUGUUCUAAGUGGGGCUAAUCAUGAAUCUGCUGGUGUGGUUCCUGGUGGAUACUUCACAAGAGAGUUUGAGAACUGAUCAAGAUGUUCUUGGACAACUUUCUCUCACCAACCUGAUUGUUGACUGAAUUAAGGACUUCUUGUCUUCUUGAUAGGUUGCCCAAUGUUACGCGAUGUUUAAGCUGUCUCUUCCCAUGCUUAACAAAAGUUGGUUUGUUGAAGAGAAUUUUCGCUGAUGUCCACCAAAAGUGAUUUCUUGCUUUCAGAAUCAGAAUAGUAGCAAAGCAAGUGUAGUUUCUUAUACUGUUCAAUUCAUGCUAUUUCCUCAAAAUCCCUGCAAUGGAAUUCCCCAUUACAUUUGUGUAGUUGAACCGGAAGGUUCUCUGUAAAGAGUUGGUUAGUGACCUCUGUAGUUUUAAGUUUGGGUAAAAAUGAAUGCGAAAAAGUUGACUUUUGAUUC